UACUUCAUAGAAUUAAGCUGUAAUUGAAAAUCGACGUACUUCUCUUCAACCUCGCCAUACUCCGUCGAAAUGAUUCCCAGCGCCGUCAGCACCGCUCUGCCCACUGACGCAGUAAACGCAUUGCCAACAGGCGACAUCAACUCCGCCGCGGAACAGCAGACUGAAGAUGUGACAGCGGCAACAGCGCAUCUAACACACUCUGUGGUUCCAGGUGAAUUCCCCGAGGGAGACAAAGACAGCCCAGACCAAGACAUCCCCUCCUUCUCGUUCACAGAUUGGACGAAAGGCCUGGUCGUCAGAUGUAUGGAUAGCUUCGAGUCCGGCGUUGCCGGGCUAGUCGGUCGGAUACUCCCCCCUCCUCGACGGGUGCAAGUAUACGAGGCUGCGGUUUCUCGACCUAUCGCUACAACGUUCAUUACAUGCCAGCUUGUUUGCUGUGGGGUUCCGCUGCUGGUGUUUGUAGCGGGGGCGUUGGUUUUCGCUGCGGUGGCGAUACUGCUAUGGGCGCUGCUGUCGUUUCUUAUUCUUGGACCGAUCUUGCUGGUGUCGAGUUUGAUGGGGAUUUCUUUGUGGGGGUGGGGGUGGGUUUUGUAUGGGUUGGUCAAGUGGGUGGAUGAGCUGUUCUUGGGAGGGUUGAUUACGAGAUUCUGGCUGUCUCGAGUUCGGGCACAGGGUGAGGAAGGUGAAAAGCAAGAGGAGGCAUAUAAAGAGUAGGCUAGAAUUGCAUUAAAAGGAAUGAGGAAUCAUGAGAAUACUGUGAACUGGCUUGUCAUUGUACCUUGGAUAUAUCAUAAAAUAUGGAAUUCCCCGCAAGAACUGGC